AUGAGUUUCAGAAACUCUGCCAAAGACCACGCCUCCUCAGGCAGGAAGCGCCGCAACAUUGCAAACAGUGAAGCUGAGAAAAUCCUGGAACCGCUCGGACCCUUUGAACCAAAACUGACUGACGACAUGACGGAGGAGGAAAAACUCGAAGCUGUGUCUUAUUCCUGCUACGGUUCCGCACAUUACCAGUUGGUCGAUCAUCAUCUUCCACACACCUACGUGUGUUUUCGUUGUGGGCACGGCGGUCACCACAUCAGGGACUGUCCCACCCAUCAGGAUGACAGUUUUCAGCCACUGAAGAGGAUGAAGAGGAGCUCAGGCAUCCCUCGUUCCUUCAUGAUGGAGGUGGAUGAUCCCAGCGUGGAAGGAGCCAUGGUGACCACCACUGGGGAACUCGUGGUUUCCACCAUACAUGCUGAGGCGUACCACUGUAAGAAGAAGGAGAGGCCCCCGUUCCUUCCACAGGAUCCGCCCACCCCCAAAAAGGAGGAGCCAAUACCUGAGGUCGUCUGUUGUCCCGUCUGUCACGAGCUGCUCCGAGAGGCUGUGAUCACUCCGUGCUGUGGAAACAGCUUCUGUGACCCAUGUAUCAGUGACGUUCUUUUGGAUUCGGAGCAGCAGGAGUGUCCAGUCUGUCACACGUCGGUCUCUCCUGUUGCCGUGGUGCCCAACGUGUGCGUGCGAAAGCUCAUGGACAGUUACAUCAACGGCACGGGAUAUUUCAAAUGCCACACCUCCCUGCUAACAUGA